GGGGGGGCGGAGGACGCCGGGAGCGGGCCGGGCGCAGGCAGGAGUGGGGAGGAUGCAGUUGCGGCUGCGUUCCGGCGCCUUGGCCGCCGGUUGUCUGUUGGCCGAGGCUCUGGGGGUCGCGCUAUUUCUCCGCGGCUUCUUCCCGCUGCCCGUCCGGUCCCUGCCCCGCGAGGAGGCCCGCGCAGAGCCUCCCGCCGAGCCGGCCCCGCCCGGCCCAGGAGUAGUUUCCAACUGGACCAAAAUUCCACCACCUCUUUUCAAAAAAGUUGUCAUUGUCCUGAUUGAUGCUUUGAGAGAUGAUUUUGUCUUUGGAUCCAAGGGUAAACAGUUCAUGCCUUACACUACGCAAGUUAUUGAAAGGGGGACAUCCCACAGUUUCAUUGCUGAAGCAAAGCCACCCACCGUGACUAUGCCUCGAAUUAAGGCUUUGAUGACGGGUAGCAUUCCUGGUUUCAUUGAUGUAGUUGUGAACCUUAACUCUCCAGCUCUGAUGAAUGACAAUCUGAUAUCACAGGCAAAAGCAGCUGGGAAAAGAAUAAUCUUUUACGGUGAUGAUACUUGGGUUAAAUUGUUUCCAAAGCAUUUUGUGGAAUAUGAUGGAACAACGUCCUUUUUCGUGUCAGAUUUUACAGAGGUUGAUGAUAAUGUUACUAGACAUCUGGAUAGAGUGUUGAAGAGAGAAGACUGGGAUCUCCUAAUAUUACAUUACCUGGGAUUGGACCAUAUUGGACAUAUGACUGGGCCAAAUAGCCCACUAGUGGGACCAAAACUUCGUGAAAUGGACAACGUCUUGAAGAAGAUCCAUAUUUCUCUUCUGUCAAAGGAAGGAGAGGCUUCUCUGCCCAGUUUGCUGGUUGUUUGUGGGGAUCAUGGGAUGUCUGAAACAGGCAGUCAUGGUGGUUCUUCAGAAGGUGAAGUGCACACACCGCUGCUGUUUAUCAGCUCUGCUUUUGAAAAGAGAAGUGGUCCUCUAACCCAACUUGAACUUGUGCAACAAACUGAUUUGACUAGUACACUGGCCAUAGGUCUUGGUCUACCAAUUUCAAGAAACAGUGUCGGGAACGUUAUAUUACCAGUUGUGGGAGGCAAGACAAUGAGAGAACAACUGCGUUUCUUGCACAUGAAUGGGUUCCAGCUUAGCACAUUGUUGCAAGAGAAUACACCUGCCUAUGAAAAAGAUCUUGGAUAUGAGCAGUUUAAGAUAGCAGAAAAAUCCCAUGGUAACUGGAUCAAGCUGUACUUAGAGGGGAAUAAUUCAGAAAUACUCUUAAACCUUGGCAAAAAGGUCCUUAAACAAUAUUUGGAGGCCUUGAAGACUCUGAGUUCUUCGCUAAGCAAACAAGUGGCACAAUAUGACAUGUAUUCAAUGAUGGUGGGGACUGUGAUCAUUAUGGAGGUUUUGCUGCUACUUUUGCUCAGUGUGCCCAAAGCUCUGAGCAGCCGGGCAGAAUUUGAAGUGCCCCUCUCUCCUCCGCUCUUCUCUCUGCUGUUUUACUUGAUGUGUCUGAUGCUGUGUGCGGUUCACGUCAUUGUAUGCACAUCAGCAGAAAGUUUAUGCUAUUUCUGCAGUAUGUCCUGGUUAACAGCAGUUGGAGUGAUGAUGCUGAUUUCUGCACUCAUGUGUGGUAUUUUAUCUGCCACUGGAAAGAUUCUUGAGAAUUCCAGACUUCCACUGAAGAAUCCUGCUGUGUCCAGUUCCAGCUGGUCCGAAGUAGAUGUGUUGAUCCUGGCUGGAACAAUUGGUCACGUUUUGAGUUUGGGAGCAAGCAGUUUUAUAGAAGAGGAACAUCAAACCUGGUAUUUUCUUAUUAAUACCCUUUGUCUGGUUCUGUGUCAGGAACUUUGUAGAAAUCAUUUUCUUCUGCAAGAAUGUGACCUUCAGCUUGGCACCAUUGUGAAACAGAAUUCUGAUGGUAUUGGAGAAGCCUCAGAAUGCAAGCAUAUAGGUGUACCAGCAGCAAGUGAUUCAAAACUAGGCAAGGCUGCAUCUUCAGCUGAAUUCGUAAAAGGAUCAGAUAAGUGGAUAAGCUUAGCAAGUCCAUGGAUCAUUCUUAUUUGCUGUCGACUCCUUCGAUCCUUAAAUCAGACGGGAGUCCAGUGGGCUCAUCGGCCAGACUUUGGACACUGGUUGACAAGUUCUGAGCACAAGCCUGAACUCUCCAUCUUGGCUGCAAUUUCCCUAGCUAUGAUCUUUGUUCUGGUUCAAAGAAGAUGCUCCCUGGUUUCAAAAAUUGCUAUGGCACUUGGGCUCCUGGGAGUCUACAGUUACCGGGCAGCCAUUGGAAAUGUCGUAUUUCCAUGGCAACAUGACAGCAAAGAUAUUUCAAAGGGGAUUACUGAAGCUCGUUUUGUUUAUGUCUUUGUUCUUGGAAUAGUCUUCACUGGCACUAAAGAUUUACUAAAGUCACAGGUUAUUUCUGCGGACUCCAGUGUGAAGAGUACAGGAUUAUGGGAAGUGUAUAGUGGAUUGGUUCUACUAUCAGCCCUCCUAUUUAGACCACACAAUUUACCAGUCUUGGUAUUUUGUCUGCUGAUACAGACAACGAUGACGAAAUAUAUCUGGAGACCUUUGAAAUUUGAUGCGACACAGAUUACCAUAAUGCACUACUGGUUUGGCCAAGCUUUCUUCUAUUUUCAGGGAAAUUCAAAUGGCAUUGCUACUGUGGAUGUUUCAGCAGGGUUUGUGGGACUAGAAAGCUACGUGGAGAUACCAGCAAUAUUCCUUACAGCAUUUGCAACAUAUGCAGGACCUUUACUUUGGGCCAUCCAUCUUCUGUGCUACUUGAGUUCUGAAGUUAGCAGGAAUUCUGCAGCAGUGGGUCACGGAUGUUUCUGCUACGCACUGAUGCGUUCCAUCCCCGUUGCCGUCUACAUCGUUUUGGUAACAGGCCUGCGCUACCACCUGUUCAUAUGGAGCGUCUUCUCGCCAAAACUGCUUUACGAGGGAGUGCAUGUGUUCAUCACAGCCACUAUCUGCUUGUUCUUUACAGCCAUGGACCAGAACCACUCUCAGAAGGUGCAAGACUGAAAAUGAGUGUGUAGCCACAGUUCUGUACUGCGAUGCCUUGUGUGUCACUGGAAUGGAAGGAGGACAGCAGUGGCUUCAAAUUGUUGUGUAGAGUGUGAAGAACAAUGUUGUGUAUUUUAGCCAGUUUCACAUAGGGCUUGAAGGGCUUGUCCUGUGUUACACAGUUUGCUUUAAAAAUGCUGAAUUGAAAUAAACUGUUUUAUCUUGUCAUAGAUAAUUUUGUUCUUUAGCUGUCAUUAUGACAAUGCCUGAAUAACUGAGUCGCAAUAUUACAUGACAGUCAAUUUUGCUGCAUGCCAAAUAUCAAGUUGUAUUUUUAAUAUGUUACUUAAAGAGAUAUCUAACACUGAUUUUUUCCCCAUUUUUUAAUGAAUUUUGAGGCUGGAUUUAAAUGAACAUUCUUGAGUUUAAAAAAAAAAUGCUUUCUUUGAUAAAGAGAUGAACACUGUCUCAUAUUCAGUCAUUCUUGAGCUUCUAGCUUUUUCUCAUCAACUUUUGUCUCGUUCUUUUUAUUGACGUGGAAGAUGAAGAAGCAAAAGCUCAUUAAACGCGGCUCCCCCAAAACAGUUCAGAAACUCACAGUAACUUGUAACCUUAUAAAAGGUUACCCUAACUCUAAAUCAGCAAUCUCUAUAUAUUUGUAAAUGUGAAUGUGGUUUCUUUUUUUUCAGCGACAGAGACAAUGAGAAGUUUUUGUUUCGCACAUCUAUAUAAUAAAGCAACAUUGUAGGAAGAAGACACUAGUAAAGGCAGUGAGCACAGACAGAAAAAAAGCUGAUUUGCUCAUUGAAACUUGAAAAAAGGCCUAAAUGUUCAAUGUUUUUGGUUUUAAUUAAAAUAAUUGUACAUAUAUAUAUAUGCAAUUUGAAUUUCAAAAGGUGGUUCUUAAUGUAGGUAUGGAGCAGCUGAUCAUGGGCACUGAAAAAAUAUUUUGCCCAUGUAAUUUCUUUUUUUUUUUACCUUAGACCACGGCAUCUUAAAAAUAUGCAAGAUGUCUUGUUGCUGUUCAUAAGAGCUCAUUAGCCAUGAGUUUUGUUUUGUUCCUUAUGUGUAUCGAACGUAUUAUUAAAUAACGGAAUAAUCAUACAGAUAUCUCAGGUAAGAGGCUUCUUUUUGCUUUUUUGUUGUUUUUUAUUACCUAGACAGCAUUUUUAUUAAAGGCAGUAUUUUCUUCCUGAGUGCAGUCAUUAACUGUGAUAGAUUUCCAUCUACAUUUCUGUACUUCAGGCACUGGAUGAGAAACGCUAAUGGACUGACAAAGUAAUGAAUCUUCUACGGAGUUCAUUUACUGCUAAAAUGUUGUAUUUCUUUUUAUUAACAUUUAAUUGGUAAGCCAGGUUGGUGGCUGCUGCACUGAACAUUGGAUCAUGUUUUCUAGUGUCCUAAGCCAUGAGCAGGGACAAAGCUCAAUGGGCUGAGGUACCAGAGGGAUACAAGGUAUGUUUACAUUGCCUUCCUCUUAGUGCCAUCUGUAGCCGCCACACACUCCUAACCACAUUUUCCUUGCUCCUGUCAGGAAGAUAGACACUGAUAGCUAUCCUGAUCAUCAGGAUAAAGGAAAGACUGAUCAUCAGUCUUUACUUUUAUUUUUUCCCUCAUGUUUUUGUCCAUGUUAACAACCAUUAGGAUUUAAUUUAAAUAUUAUGGAAGUAUAUCAGAAGAGGAGUACAUGCGGAACUUCGCCAUUUGCUAAAAAUCUGAAAUUAAAAUGCUUUUAAGACGUACGUAGAUAACAGCACGUUUACUAGGAUCACUUAGAUGGUUUUCAUAUCAUAUUUCAGCAAAUCUUAAGUAGUAGCUUUUUAGGUUUUUACACAUGGCAGCUAUGUUUAUAAUAGGUCAUCCUGAUCACUAAUGAAAUUUUUUUUUUAACUAUAUGAUGGUAAAAAUUGCAGUGUUCUGGCUGUGCUGUGCUGUUCACCUAUCUGUUGGAUCUGGAGUAUCAUUCACUGUGACCUGUUAGGAUCUUGAAAAUUCAUUGCUUUAAAUAAAUUGUUUUUCGCUUGA